AUGUUACCAAUCAAUUAAAGAUAAGAAUAAUAGCAAGAGGUAUAAUCCCAAAAUAUUAGAGAUUAUCUCCUCAGACUUUAUAUUUAAACGCCUUUGUCAACUAAGUUAAUUUUGAAGCUUAGCAUUGCACUGUUUUUAGUAUAGAGACUUGUAAUAUAUUUUGAUGUUGAUUUUAUCAAAAUAUUUGCGACUUCUCCUGAGUAGACGAUUUCAAAUUAUAAAUUAUAUACAUUUCUAAUUAGUCCUAUGAUAACAACAAGAUAUUUGAGCAUAAUAGUCAACUGCUUCUUCUUUUAUGAAUAAUCAUUUUCUCUCGAAAAAGCCAAGGGUUCAUUGUCUUACUUGCUUGACUUCUUUAUUAAAUGUAUUUUAAUAUAGAUUGUAUUCUUAGUUAUAGCUUCAACUCUUUCACCAUUAUUUACUUCGGAUAAAGUAGAUCCCAAAUUCUAUGGUCUAUUUCCUUUCUGUAUUUAUCUAUUGACUCUUAAAACUCUCAAAGAUAGCAACAAGCCUUGUCUGAUUUUAUUCACUCCCUUCUAAAUCAGAUAGAAAUUUUAUCUCCUUCUCUUACUUAUUCUUCAAUAUAUCUUUACAAGAUAAAUUAGUGAUUUUAUUUCAGCUGUUUUGGUUGGAGCCCUAUAAAUAUAUGUAAUUAGAAAAGAUAUACUUGGAUUCAUAAUCCCAACAUUAGAAACCACAAGCUUUAUAUAUGCUGUAAGGCAAAAUCUUACAGGUUACAUAUCCUAUGAUUAGAGAGAGGAAAUAUUUUAAAUGUUAAACGAAGAAAAUAAAUUAGACAUUUAGGGUACAAUUUCAAGAUAUGAAGACUACCAAGAUGAUGUACUAAUUAAUAAUUUUAGCCAAAAUAGUAAACCAAAUAGUAAUAAUAAUAGUAAUGAUACAAAUAACAGUUCUGAUCAUCAUGAUAAACUUAAUAAUAACAACAACAAUAACAAAAAUAUUACACUUUGA